AAUGACAAAAAUACCCAGGAAGCCGAAUAUCCGACUACAUGGUUGAGAAGGCGCGCGAGUGAGCGAGAGAGAGGGAGGGAGAAACAGAGCUCGAAAUCUCUCUUUCAUGGCUUCGUUUGCAAUGAAGUCGAGCAUUUAUCGCUCUUCUCUCCCCCGUAUUGUAUCGGAGCAGAAAAAAUCGCCCGAGCCGGGCCCGACACAAAUCGGUCGAAGGGAGGUUAUACUGAGGAGCAGCGAAAUGGCAACGAUUGCCGCCAUCUUCCAUUUCAGUGGUACAAAACCCAGCUAUCUAGGAGUGCAAAGGAAUUCCCAGUCAUUGGCGUUGUGCCCUGCAACUAACAACUGUCUUUCUACUGCAGAGGAGAUGAGUGACCUCACACACUAUGCCCCACCAUGGAAUUACAAUCCUGAAGAAGGGCGUGGAAAGAAAAAGCCUGUGAGUAAAGAAGAAGCCAUGGCCGAGCUUCUUCAAGUGAUCAAGUCAACAAAGCCAGAUAGGUUUACUCCUCGUGUGGUGGAGAAGAAUGACAAUUACAUACGCGUGGAGUAUGAGAGUCCGAUAAUGGGGUUUGUGGAUGAUGUGGAGUUUUGGUUUCCUCCUGGUAAGAAAUCGAUUGUCGAAUACCGAUCCGCAUCCCGCUUGGGAAACUAUGACUUUGAUGUUAACAGAAAGAGAAUCAAGGCUCUGCGGUUGGGGUUAGAGAAGAAGGGAUGGGCUUCAGAGAGUAGUUACUGAGAACCAUCAUCAACGGCAUGUUUUGUUUUGCGGCUGUUUCAGUCAUUCAUUCAUGAGUCUAUGUUGUAUUUCUUAAGACACCAAAACCCGUAAUGGGCAUAAAUUCAAAUCAUCCAUUUUAUUUUGAGGAACACAGAAACAUGUCUGCAUGCAUCAUAUUUCUUUAAAAUAAUGAAGUGAAAUUGUUUGAUAUCA